AACUAGACGAGUGUAGAUAGAGCUCGCCGCCGCCGCCGCCGCCGCCGCCGUCGUCCCCCUCAUCCUCCUCUCCUCCUGCAAGGCAAGGCAAGGAAUCACCUCCGCCUCUCUCUAAUCGCGCGUCGCGGUUCCCCCCUCCCUUCCUUCCUUCUUUGGCUUCCUCGCCGCCGUCCGCCCGCCCGCACGCAAUCUCACUCUCUCGAUCGGAUCCCUCCGCACAGGCUCGCAGCCCCAGCCAUCCAUAGCUAAGCUAAGAGAUAUAUGGAGGAGGAGUUCAUCAGCCUUGGCGACGAAUCUUGUGUAGCUCCCACUCCCAAGGAUAAGGAUGGCAUCAUACACCUCCAGGUCCAGCAAAACCAAUUCCAAGCCGUCCAUCUCGAUAUCAUGGAUGCACCACCACCACCACCACCACCACAGACACAGACUCAGCCACAAGACAAUGUCGACAUCAAUGCCAAUGCGGCUUCUUCUUGUGUUCCAGUUGAAAUACCCAAGGGCCGGACAACGGAAUCAGCUGUUCGUCUUGUCUACACCAACUUGACAAGGGAAAGCAAAAGGAAGCUCAUGGAGCUGAUGCAACAAUGGUCCCACUGCCAAGCUACUAGAAUUACAAACCAACCCAAUUCUUAUUCAACGGUUGAGGAUAUGGACCUCUCGGAUGACAACAACGUGCUCCUUGUUACAAAACAUGGUGUUUCAGCUGAAAUGGGCAAGCGCAGUGGGCCUGAGGCUGCCCUUGUUCAUGCUUCAAGAACGAGCAGCGCCCUUAUCGACCAAAGCCCUACAAGAGGAGAUAACAGAGCCCCGACGGAAUCAACCGAGCCUUCUGUUAGCCUAGUCUACAACAACUUGACAAGAGAAAGCAAGAGAGAGCUCAUGGAACUGAUGCAACAAUGGUCCGAGUGGCAGGCUACAAAGCAACCCAACUCAACGGAAUCUGCGGAACAGGUCUUGGAUUGUGGUGAAGAGACUUAUUAUCCAGCAAUACAUGUUGGUUCAGAGAGACCUUGUGCUGUGGUAUGUACGGACAAUAGUCAUUCUGGGUGGAUAAUAACCAAGCACGAGAAAAUGCUGCUGUGGAUGUGGAUGUGGAUGUGGAUGAUGGCGCGGUGCCCCUGUACGAUCGAGAAUUUACAUUGGGUGAUUCAUCAAAUGCUGAGAGCAAGAAAGAAGAUGAGAAGGAUGGUUGGCGGUGUCUCAACUGUGCUUCAUCUAGUCAUGCUCUCAAGGACUGCCCAAACCCUCACGACCAUGUUUCAAUUAGCAUGGCCCGCGAGCAGGUGAAGUUGAAAAGGAAAAUAUCUAAAGUUAUUCGUCAGCAAAAUCGGCCUCUAAAGCGCCGUUACCUCUGAGCCCUCCGCUCUUGUCAAGAUCAAACCUAGAUGUGGUGUGGUGUAUAUAUGCAGAGUCAAAUUCCACAUGGAACUAAGUUGAAUCUUCCUUUCGAAGUAGCUGAUGCUGAUGCGAUUGAUGAUGAAAUGUACUUGUGUGAAAAGAAGAAGAAGAAGAAGAAGAAGAAGAAGAAGAAGAAGAAGAAGAAGAAGAUGAGAACAUUUGUUAGCACUUGCAAUAUAUAUUACUUCCUCUGUCCCAUCUAUUUACAAUAUGGAUGGAUCCAAUAUACUAAUACACCCCAAGAUCUAUCCUAGUCCUGACUAGUUUUUAUUA